CGCGAGUAUCCGCGAAUUCCCGGCAGCACGGGGCCGCAGUCCGCACAAUAAAGAAAAAAAUUGCCACGGAGUUGGAGGGACGGAGAGGCGGAGCGGCAGAGAGGAGUAAAAGAGAGAGAGAGAGAAAGAGAGAGAGAGAGAGAGUGAGUGCACACCGUCCUAAUCCUCCUGGACGCCGAAGAGGCAGACUCGAUUAAUAGUCACGGUCGCGAGAAGAGAAACGACGUCGUCCUCGUGCGCGCGGUUGCUCGGGAUGAGACGGCCACCGUUGUUACUUUAAGCGGAGCAUCCGGAACGGAGAGCGUCCACCAAUUCAAUGGGCCACACCGCGUCCGCCGAUUAUCGUCCCGAGUGAAAACACGUUUCUCAAUUUGUGAACCGCCGACGUUUAUAAUAUAAAUCGUAAUAAACCCCUCCCUCGACGCUUCUUCCAUCCGUUGUUCCUCGUCGAGACGAGGCGAGGCGAGGCGAGGCGAGGCGAGACGCCACCUCUGUUCGCGCGUGAGUCGAGUUCGUUUCGGUGGAUCGGGAGCAGCAGCAGCAGCAGCAGCGGCAGCGGCAGCAGCGGCAGCAGCAGCGGUGGCAACGAGCUAGCUAGGAAGCUAGCUAGGAGAGAGACGUCGGAUGAGAACGAUGAGACCAGGCGGGAUACUUCUGUUGCACCUGCUACUUCUGUGCAUAUUUUUCCUCGCCUCCGAGGCGAGGCUCGCUCAACAGGCAGCCGACGACGACGACGACGACGACGACGAAGAUUGGGACGACGAGGACGACGACGACGACGAAACGGACGAGCAGGGUUAUCAGUCGAAGCCCGAGGUGGACGACGACGGUCGCAUAUACAAGAACCCGAGGAAUUCCCCGUCGGCUGUUUGCCCUAGGGACGAGGGCCAGGCGGAUUUGUUGGGUCAGAAGUGUCUUCGAAAGUGUUCCACGGACGAGGAUUGCAAGAGCAAGAAGAAGAAAUGCAGAUGCGACGGUAUUUGCGGGAUGUCUUGCAUCAAGCCCGAGAGAGAGUGCCCGGUGCUGAGCGACAUCCAGCACGGUGUAAUGACGAUGACGGGGAAGUUUUUCGGCGAUCGGGCGCAUUACACCUGCGAUCCCGAUUACUACACAGUGGGCUUGGUCGAGAGAACGUGCAGGGGCGACGGUAAAUGGACGGGAACGACUCCUUCCUGCAAGAAAGACGCGAGCUCGUUUUGCUCCCAACCGCCCAAAGUGAAAAACGCGCGACACAACGCGCUCGCCGAGCAGAUCACCUUUGAUCUGGGCAGCGACAUUCAGUAUUCCUGCGAUCACAGGUAUACGACUACCGGGAUCAGGAAGGCAAAGUGUUUGAUGAUGGACAGCGUUGCUAGCUGGUUCGGGCCUGAUAUCACAUGCGAGCCGAAAGUCUGUGGGCCUCCCGCGGAUAUAGCGAAUGGAUGGCACGCCGGUGAAUGUUACACGUACGACUGCCGCGUGUCGUAUCACUGCGCGGAUGGCUACGAAUUGGUCGGCAAAGCGGAAAAAUUGUGUUUGGAGGAUGGCACAUGGACCCCCAAAGAAUCUCCACAAUGCGUCCAAGUUACAACGGUGCAAUGCCCGAAACCGGAGAAUCCAGUGAACGGGAACGCGGUGUACACCUCGUAUGCAUACAAUUCGAUCGUGUCGUACGAGUGCAAGUACGGAUACACGGUGGUCGGCGCAACGACCAGACGUUGCGGGGCAGAUAGAAAAUGGACCGGAAAGACACCUACCUGCCAGGAGAUUAAUUGUGGUUCACCUGGUGUCCUGUACAACGGUUGGAUCGAGAAUAUCGAGGCGGGUACCGGGCUUGGUGCGAGCAUAAUUUUCCGGUGCAACGAUCACAUGAAACUCGAGGGAAACACCUCGUCCGUGUGUCAGAUCGACGGAAAAUGGCGUUACCCGGUGCCACAGUGUCUCGCCCCGUGCGUGGUCCCGCAGAUAGAGAACGGCAACAUCACGGUGGCAAGCCACGACAGGGACCACAUCAACAACGUGACCGUGGUCGAGCACGGUGAGAGAUUGCUGGUCUCAUGCGAGGAGAAUUACGAAUUCGCGGCGAACAGCACGGCGGUGGUUUGCAAUAAUGGCACGUGGUCCAUUGUUCCGAGUUGCUCGCCGGCCAGGUGCAAGCAGCUGCCUAGAUCGCCGAAAAACGGGAUGGUGAUAGCGCCCAAGACCGAUCACGGGAUGAAGGCGGUGUUUAAAUGCAAGGACGGGUUCGAGAUAGUCGGUGGUGGGCCGUUGAACGCCUCGUUGUCGGUCGAGUGCCAAUACGGCAACUGGAUCGGGGACAUUCCCCAUUGCAACCAAGUGUUCUGCCCUUUCCCCGGUUUCAUCGAGAACGGGAAGGUGUUCCUGAUGGGCAACAUGGGUGUCUACGAUUACAGGCCCUACGUCAGGAAGGUUGUGAACAACAAGCAAAUUAUGUACGAUUGCGACAAAGGUUACGUGUUGGACGACGGGCCCACCGGGGCAACGUGCAUUGGAGGCAGCUGGCAUCCCAAAGAGUUACCCAAAUGUAUCCCUGGACAACAUCCCAGGCUCAGAUGGAGCAGGCGUAGGAGGUCUGUGAACGAGGAGGAUCUCACUAUGAAUUACAGAAAAUUUAUCGAGUUCUUCCGCAAGAUCGGGAAGAAGUUGCUUCAUCUGGAGAUGAACAAGGGCAAGGAACAUGGGAAGCACAAACUCGAAUCGAAGAAUUCGAACUCGAGCCGUAACGACAACACCACGGAAGCUCCGUCAUGGAAAAAACACUCGGGCCACGGGAACAGGUCGCGUCUCCGCGAGGAGAAGAUGAUCGACUUCCUGAAGAUCGUUUAUCGUAAACUGCAACGAAUCGACGCGAGACAAUCCAACAAUUCCACGAACGGGAGCAUGCACGAUCUCCUGAACGCAAUGAGCAAGAACUUCUUCCACGUGGAUCUGUCCGAAUCUAGGCGAAACAAUUCCGGGAGAGGUCGUUCGGACUUCGAAAUACGGAAUCAAAGGGAAUUCAUCAAACUGAAGAGGGAGUUCGAGAGAAUAAUGCGAUUCUACAACAAGUCGAUGCGUUGGAACGAGAAGCAGAAUCGGAAGGAUUCGAAGAGGAAGGGCCAGUCUCACGGGGGGGAGAAGGGGAAGAAAUCGAAGGACAAGAAGAAACACCGUAAGAAUUAUUACAAAGGAUUCUACGAGUUCGUGAACAGUUACGUGACGGAGAAGUUGUCCAUGCUAGAGAAUCGAAACGCCACCGAGGAGUUGAUGAGAAACAUGAAGAUUGACAAGUUCACCGUACGUAACGGAACAACGUUCACAGUGGGCGAGAUGUACGCCUUCUUCAAACAUAUCAUAGAGGCCAAAUUGAACGACACGACGGAGGAUGCGUCGACGGAAGCAUCGUCGACGACCGUGUCUUCCACGUCUUCUACGAGCGCAACCUCCACCGCCAUUCCUGGCAUUAACGGUAACAGCAGCAGUGGUGGCGGCACAGUGGCGCCACCUAGCACCGCGUGGACGAGCACCAGCACGAUCACGACGCCGGUGAUGACUGCGGGGAAGGAGAUCGAGUCGAGGAAUAAUCGAUCCUCUGCGAUUCUUCGCAACGAGUCCUCGGUGCUGGACAACGAGAUCCCUGCCAAAGAAGGAAUGCCAAAGCACCGCAGCAAGCGAAUACGAAACGCAUCGGAGGACAGUGGUCCUCCCCGUCAGAAGAGGAGGCUGUUGUCCCUGAACGACGUGCUGGUGGUGGCCAACAAGGAGAACACCGUCGACCUUGUCGGCUCGUCGCCGAGGAGGAGCGGGAGGAAGAGGAUCUCGAAGAGGUCUAGUUCCUACGACGACGAGAAGACCAGGUUGUUCACGUUCAAGGAGUUGGAGGCCCAACAGCAGAGCCGCUCGAAACGAUUCCUGCCACCGUCUGAGCUCGAUAAUCAAAUUUUUUUAAAGAACUUAUACCUUCACGCUUACGAGGACGAGUAUCGGGCGAACGUGAAACGCUCGAUCGUCCACGCGAAUCGUACGAACGAGAAGCAAGAACCGGCUGUCUACAGGAGGCGCAAGGGUAACCUGGACGCGUACGAGAUCAAGUGAGACGCGGUUUUCAUUAUUGUGUUGUGAUAAUAUUUGGCGGGAAAUUUACUGAGAUUAUUAAUAACGAUAUCAAUCGAUUUUUAGGCGAGUAUACACCAUAUACGAUAGGAUUAUAAUCGUUGUCCCUCGUCGAUGCGCAUUGUAAGACGUGUAUCGCGCUUUUUUCAAUGAAUCAAUCUUUUUCCAUUUGCCAAGUCUCGGUGUGUGACCCGAUUCUUCGACGGAUCGGGUUCGAUCAUUAUUCGACACUUAUUCGCCGCGAUGUGAGCUGAUAGAAAGUGUUUUUUUUUUUCUUUUUUUAUAAGCAAUGUUGUUCGUUUAAGUAUUGUUUUACUUUCGAUUUCUUUGUGUUUCUUUUUUAUCCGAUGUGAUCGUUGAUGGUUAAAUGAACGAUUACUGAUGAUGUCUUUUUGUAUAUUUGAUGUGAAAAGUAGCGCAGCAUGUAGCGAGAAAAGAAUCUCCCCCGAACAGCUUUGAAAACUUCGUCGAAAAGAAGUGGAUUGAAAGUUUGCAUAGGGUUUUUUAAUGUCGACGAUAUUUAAGAACUGAUCAACUUCGAAUUUUUAAUUCGUCGGGCAUUCUUUUUUCGGCCCAUAAUGAAUGAAAUGAAUUUUCAACGUUCAAUUUUUGAGGAAGGAGAUUGUUAACAAAAAAUUUCAUUAUUUUCAUUGAUCUGUGAUAAUUCGUGAAAACGGUAAUUCUUCUUUUAGUGAGCAUAGAGUUAAUCAAAACACUUUUUCGAAAAAACGAAAAAGAGAGAAGAAGGAAAUAAUCAAAACGAGACGAGGGGUUUCAGCUGCGAGGGGUGAAAAUAUAUUUUAGAUAUAAAGUAGUCGCUGGAUAUAAUCGGCAGCGCGAGACGUUUAUUUUCGAAGUAGUUGGACAGCUCGCAUCGCAAAAAGUAUUUUAAACUCUUCGAGAAAUUCGUAUUAGUAGAAGGAUAUGUUAAACGUAUUUUAAGUAUGUCGUGGAAAACCCAUUUGAAACGAAGAUGAAAAUAACGAUAAAAUAAGGAAUAAAUAAGAUUAAGAAAAAGAAGAAGAAGAAGAAGAAAAGAAAGAAAAAAAAAGAAAGAGAAGAAAACGAGUCGAAGAAAAUGGAACACGUUUUUGGAACUCGUUCUCGAUCAAAACGAUCUUCCGUUAUAUAAUCGAUUAAGUUUUCACGAACCGCGAGGCUGUGUUUGUUAAACUAUUAAUAUCGAUUUAAAAAAAUAGGUUUUUUAACUGUUAUUAUCGGAAAGCAUUGUGUGUGUAACGUUGUAUAUAAUACAUUCACGUUGAUUUCACGUAUUUCUCUUCCUCGGUUUGAUACCAAAACGAUAAAAAUAUAUUAUAAUGUAUACACGGUCGUAUCAAUACACCCGUCCUCGUCUCUUCGUAAUUAACUUUUACUUACGAACGUUUCAAAUCAACCAAGUACACACAUUCGAACCAUUUGUAUCGAUCGAUCGAUCGAAUUUUCUCACACGUACACACACAUACACCCAUACACAUAUUGCGAAUCAAAUUAUACACGAGAUACAUACAGAUAGACACACACACAUUCGUGCAUUUUUAUGAAUGACAAGCCAUGAACAAGUAUCAUUAGUGAAUAAUAAGUAUUAUGAUACGAACAAUA